AUGGAUCCGUUACUUGCGCUGGCUAUCUUCAUCACUGCCUCAAUUCUGGCAUACUUUUUCAUCUGCAUUUCGACACGCACAAAACUCUACCGAAGAUGCACUUGCAAAGAGAAGAUCAUCUCGAUCCGAAAACUGUCAGAAGCGACGGAGAUUUUGAAAGCAUCUACACUUCCCUCUCGAGCUCUACCAAACCAACGACUUGUGCAAGUUUUCUCCGUUUCCAACGCAUUUACAACAACCGAUCAAGCUUUUUACCGAUCAUUCCUCACGAGAGCUAAAUCUCUAUUGAAGACACCUGAUGAAUCGACCUCCACCCUACCCAAAGUGCUCUCCAUUCUCAAUGAUGAGAUCGCCCCCUCCAUCUCUAAAAAUGGGAUCACCCCGCUCAGUCCCCUAAUCCAAGUCUUCUGUUUUCGAUUCGUGCUUCUCAAAUUCUUUCCUUCCGAACAUGCGAGAACCACGCAAAUCUCCAUCAUACGCAUAACCCAACUCAUCAACUCCCUCUGGAUAUCAUCCAAAUGUUCCUGUUUCACCCAGCCCUCGCAAAUCCCAAUGCAGAACUCGUUGCGGCGCGAACUCGAUUCGCUAUCCCUAUCCAGCAACUACGAGAAUGAAAAUCCACUCAACAUUCUUCUCCCUGCAUACGAAACGCUAUGGAGAAUUGUCCUUCGUUGUUUCCUGGAAAUUUCAUUUCGGCACUCGUCCGAGGUUUCGGCUGAACGGAAAGAUGUUCUCGCUCGAUUUUUGACAAAUAUGACAGCUGAACAAUUUAGCGAACGGAAGGGAAGAUGUUCGGCUCGAGAUAUCGUCUUUGAAGCUCUGCGUUUAUAUCCACCGACCAAGAGGAUUUAUCGGCAGAAUGUAGACAAUGGACCAAUCUCCGCAGUCGAUGUUGAGUAUAUACAAAGGACUGAAGAGAUCUGGGGAACAGAUGGAAAUGAGUUCAGACCAGAACGAUGGAGUGAAUUGGAGAGUAAAGGUAACAUGGCAUAUAAGGAAGCAUGGAUGCCGUUUGGGAAAGUUAGUUUUCUGUGCCCAGCAUCGAAGGUGGCGCCAAUGAUGAUAGGAAUGUUGGUCGGUUGUUUGAUUGAUACUUUUCGUAGUGAUAGUUGGAUUUUGGAAGGCGAAGGUGUCAAAAAUGUAAUGUCGAGGGAAAUGCCGCUGGACAAUGGGAGGGAGGCGUUUGAGGAUUUAUCACUGAGACGGUACACUAAUAAAAUGUUUGAGAUGUAG